AGAGGCGCACGUCACACAGGAGCGCGUCCGCCUCUCUCUCUCUCAUUGCUAACAGGGAAGUGCGGCGGCUGAGUCGACGAACGGCGUGAGGAGCAGAAAGGAGGCAAUCGGAGGCGUGAGCACCGGACACGAGCGAGCAUCGGUGGGGAGCGAGCUGGCUGACCUCCCGGCUGGAGGAGAAGGCGCGAGAGGCACCUGUCGUGUUCCCUGCGCUCGGCGCUCCAUUACGUAAAGGACUUCCUGGUCUCGAUGGAAGGAUGAGGUUACCAAUGGCAGUUUGUGCCCACGAAGAUCUUUGAUGCCUUGAGAAGGAAUCCGUGCUUCAUCUCGUCGUCCGAACAGCAGGCUCCUCCCAUCAUCCUCCACAAUGGGCUUCCGUGUUCAUUUUGUCGUGGACCCCAUGGGCUGGUGCUGCAUCAGCAUGGUCUUCUUUGUUUGGAUCUACAACUCCUUUUUCAUCCCCAAGCUCAUCCUCUUCCCCCACUAUGAAGAAGGCCACGUUUCGGCUGCCCUCCUAAUUGGUUACUAUGUAGCGUCCGUGUGCUGCGUCACCUCACUCAUCCGAGCGUCCGUUGCAGACCCUGGGCGGAUACCACAGGACCCUCACAUCCCGCUGACCGAAAAAGAAUUGUGGGAAUUGUGCAAUAAAUGUAACACGAUGAGGCCAAAAAGAUCGCAUCACUGCAGCCGCUGUGGACAUUGUGUGAGGAGGAUGGACCAUCACUGUCCCUGGAUUAACAACUGCGUUGGAGAAGACAACCACUGGCUCUUCCUGCAGCUCUGCUUCUACACGCAGGUCCUCAGCCUGCUGACCCUCGCCCUGGACUUCUGUCAGUACUACUACUUUGAGCCGCUAGCGAGAGUCCAAGAGGAGCUCUUUGUCUUCAAACACGAGUUGGCCUUCCUGAGGAUCUCCACCUUCAUGGGUAUCAUCAUGUUUGGAGGCAUGAGUGGGCUUUUCUACACCCAGCUAGCGGGGGUGCUCUCGGACACCACGACGAUCGAGAAAAUGUCUCACUACUUCGAUGACACAUCGAAGCCCAGAAAGCCUUGGCAGCAGACGCUCGCUGAAGUUUUUGGCACUCGCUGGAAGGUCCUGUGGUUUGUGCCAUUCAGGAAGAGGCAACCGCUGCGAGUCUCCCACCAUUUUGCCAGUCACGUGUAGACAGAUGGGAUCAGCGCACUCACCAGAAGGGACGCCACGCGGGACACUUGAUGUGAAGAUGGCUUUGUCACCCAACGGCCUUCACUUGGGGGUUUUUUGUUUUGUUUAUUCCUCCCACCACAGGACGUUUUGUGGCUCUCAUUGAAAUGUAAAACCACAACGGGGGUCCGAGUGCCAGUCUGCUGUCGGGAUGCGUCAUGACGCGCCACCUUCACUUUCUCCGUGUCUGCUGCCUAAAUGGCGCCGAGAGGAUUCCAGGUGGCCCUUCCCAACUAUUGAUCGACGAAAACCCCUUUCGCUGUGAAUAUUGAUUUUGGUACGGACAGCUUAGGCUGUGUGUGUGUGUGUGUGUGCGCGCGCGGGUGUCACUCGGUGUCACUGUGUGUGUGUCACUGUGUGCGCCACUGUGUGUGUGUGUGUGUGCGCGUGCGCGUUGCCCAGGAGACGGCGUCCUCGUCCUCCCGCGCUCAUCGCAUUCAUUUCAGUGGUGCGGCCGGGCGGGCCUCGUUGUCACCAUUUCCACAAUUGAGAGUGACAGUCGUGCCGGUUAGCGAUGACCUUUGGCGGGCGUAUGGGGGCCGAGUGUCGCACGCUGCAUGGAGAAUGAAGUCUUUGUGCCAAGCCUGCGUGCGCGCCAGAGGCUGUGCUUUUGAAUCUUCCUAAAUUCCCUUCCUUUCAGGUUCCGCAGUGACAGGUGGCAGCUGGCACUUGGCACCAGUUGACCUUUCACUCCGUUAGGAGCCGAUAGGGCGGGCGAGUCGUGGUUUGUCCGUCCGUCCGUCGGUCGCGUCAUUCAGGUUUGGCUUGUAAAUAGUUGAAUAUUCCCGUAGAAGUGGCAGCAGCAGCCGCUCGUCCGACGUCCCAUUCAUUCCCUGCCUUCACGCCGGCUGGCCUUGCGUCUUCAUGUCACCCUGCACGUCGAGGGCGUCACUUCGCUCCAGCGAGGGUCCCGGUUCUGACAAAGCAGAAAUCCCAAGGUGAACUCGGCCCGCCGACGUGACGUCUGUUUGACACUUUGUGUCCCAGUGAGUGACCCCCUCGGCCACGUGGUACACUCCGGAGGGGCUCGAUGGGCAUCUUCUGGUUCGGUUAACGCUGGGCAGAGCGGGCUGGUUGGCAUUUCCUCGAUUUUCCUGGUGUCUGCUAUUAAAAGCUUCUUAUAAACCAGAACCAUUGGAUGCCCGUGUUACAUGUAAGUGUGGCGUUCGGAGGGGCUAUCGAGUGAGGACCCCUGCAGCCUCCCUGUGUCCCUGAUUAGGCGGGCGCCCUGGCGGGUGUGGGUGAUUUGUUUGUUUGUUUGUUUGUCUCUGAUUGUAGUUAACGAGACUGGAAGUGAGGAAGACCCCGCUGGUCACGGACAGGGGGAUUGCUCCAUCCGUAGUGUCGGUUCGUUUGCUCGCCAUUGGCACUCGGGUGGGCGGCCAGGAGGAGGCCGAGACCCCCGUCGAGUUUAUCGCCUGCCUUGUGGUCUCGUGACAGUAAAUAAGGGGGAGGGGUCCUGGGAUUCAAGGAGAGUCGACGCCGCGCCGGGGUCUCCUGUUCUUUGUAUGUUGAGCCGCCCUCCCUGUUUUUCUGGUCAUUUCUUUGUCCCUUUGUGUCCCUAGAAUGACACGACGUCCCCCCGUUGUACACCUCUCUCUGCUCUUGGAGGGUCCCGACGCUCAGCCGUGUUGUGCCCCCCCCCCAGGCUUCCGCUUCCUGCGAUUGGCUUUGGGACGUCUGCACAGUGAAGUAGGCACCGCUUCACGGUCCAUUCGGGGGUCUUGGAGGGCACCUUGGAAAGUUCUAGAAACAGAGGGCCAGACGCUGGCAUUGGCAUGACCUGGCAGACGCUGCUCAGACUUCCUGAAGGGUCAUCCAAUUUGGGUCACCAGUCUUGUAGCCCCUUUACAUUCCACACUUGAAGUGGGUCUGGGGGUCUUACCCAGGACUUCAAGCCACCCUGCAUGCCCCACACACCAGACGCUGCGUAGCACCAACGUUGAGCUUGGUGAAGCCCGCUUGCUCAUAAAGCCCCUCAAAGUCAGUUGUGUGGCACUCGCUGCAUGGCUGGCGCCACCCUCAGGCUCUGCAGAUAGAUGCCAGUCUUCUAGUGAGACGUCGGCGUCCUAUUUCAGCUGACUGAGGUGCGCCUGCGUUGUCUUCUCGUGGAGGGUCCGCAGCUUCCGUUUGUUCGUCCCACCCUGUAAUCCUUUGUAAGGUGAACUCGGGUGGUCUGUGCUGGUCCUGUCAAGCUGGUGGCACACCUCGCAACCCCCUCACCCAUAGCCUUCUCGGGAAAAGAGCCGGAGGUCCGGAGUGGAGAAGAAAAAUCCGGAAUCGGGUCGAAGUCGUCCACAGGUACGGCAGGCAGCAAAGCAUGAAAUGAAGAGUUAACAGGGUGGCGCGGGGUCCUCCAUGACGUCUGUGGGUGUGACUGGGUUGGCGACUUUGGCUUUUUAUGGACAGAGGCUGGAAGUUUGGGGUUUUUAUUCUUUUAAAUAAAUGCUUUAUAAUCA